UUUUGUGGGUGGAGUGGGUCACAGCCCCACUGUCAAAAUGAGGUCUGUAUUGGGAGGUUUAUAUGGUCUACAUGGUCUACAUGGUCUACAUGGUCACUUCAUUGAUGAUUCAUGUCAUACUUUGCCUUACUGUGUCACACCUGCAAUGGCUGUGUGCGUCCUAUUGGGGGCCUCGCCCCUUCAUUUAGGGAACCACUGCACUUGGCCCGUUAUUUCCCCGCUUAGGAAUCCCUGGCCCGCAGCCAAACUUUCUUGCCAACCGCUGCCUGACCAAGAACCAACGACUCGGUUCCUGGAGUUUCUCCACGGCGUAGAACGUUGGAUAUAUUUCUUUGCCAUGUGUUUGUGUUCCUGUGUAGGUGUACUCAUGGGGACUAUUUUAUGGGGCACUUUGUCCUUGUGGGGACAUCUGAGUGAGAGAGUGUUUUUGAAAAGUACAGAAUAAAGACCAGACAUAUAUUUGUAAUGAGUCAGAGGCUGGAGAGUUAGUGACAUCUGCAGAGUGCUCACAAAACACGAGAACCUGUGUGGGUGUGCUGUGCUUCAGUUUGGGUCAUACUGGGGGGGGUGGCUGGUCUGUGUUGUACUUAGUUGAAGAAUCCGGUCCUAUAGAACCUCCCUUCAAACCCGUCUGUGGAACCGAUCUCACUCUUCUCCCAGCGGUGCCUUUUUCUAACCAGCUGUGUACUGCCUGGAACUGGAACUGUUGGUGCCUGCUCUGAAUGUAAACGUCCUUCGCCGAUUCUGUACAAAUCUGCUGAUCUAGUAAAAAAGGAGGUCACAUGACUUGAUGUUGGUGAAGUUCUCAGUGGGUCUGAAUCACCUCAGCAAAGAGAGGUUGAUGAGGGACCAGAGGACGCAGGUGGACCGGAGGUUGGUCUCCGUUUUUGUUUCCUCUGACUGGACGUCUCUGGACGUCUGUCAGUUUCUGCAUGUGAUCCAGUGGUGAUCUGCUGCUGCAGUGCUGUGGUUGAAUUAACUUAGUGAACGACUGUUUAUAUUGUGGUGACGGUGAUGGUGUUCAGUCGUGGACAUUUAACACUUUAAUAAGAAACACGUUUUCUUUGGUGCUUUGCUUUUCUUUGGUUCUCUUUUAGAGCAGGAACAUGUGACUGUUGUUGUGCCAUGUGUAGAACUGUUGGGUUUUUCGGUUUCUUUGACAUUAAACUAUAACUGCUAUAAUGACAAUUUGAAAAAAUCCAGAAUUGUGACCUUUGCUACAACUCACAUCAGGUCAAGUCAAAACACGUGUUGCCCGGAUAGACGGGACAGUUUUGGUUGUGAAGACGAAAAGGUUAGCAUAAUGGAUAUUAUCAUAGAAAAACAGCACCUACUAGUGGAUAAAGAACUUGGGGGCGGUCGUUGGCUCGUUUGAUUAUUUGAUUUAAUCCUCAGGUUUAAACUUUGUGUGAAACUUGAUUCAUUUGAUGUUUUUGUAUUUUAUAAAGUUUUUUUUAUUUAUCUGGUUGUGUUGUAUUAGAACCAAAAGUGCAGUUUCUGGCACAUCGUUGCAAUAAAAGUAUUGACAGGUAUUUGUUUCUGCCGCACACCGUCCAUAUUGACUCAGAUACCCGGGGUCAUUGGAGUUCUGGGGUCUUUCAACCACAGACCCCCCCCCGCGCACGACUCAUGAUGGUCAGGUUGAUGAAUGGCCUCGCCCGGUGGCAGUAACCCCCCUGGGGGGGGGGGGGAACCACCCUGUCCCAGCAGAAGAACCUGGAUAUCGAAGCAAAACGUUGUCCACCCUCUGGAUGAGGAAGUCAAAGCUCCAUAGAUACAGUUUCGUGUGACCGACUGAUGAUGUCAAAGCUGUGGUUCCCUGAGGACUGUCCUUGACAUCAACUUUCAUCCACCUUUUCCUGGGACGUGAUGUAACGUCACCGCUUGUUCUGUUGUUCUGACGAGAACGUGACUAUUGACGUGACUUCAUCUGAUCCUGGUCCAGUUCUCAGUACUGAGGCGAGUCUACGACGAACUCACAGAACCUUUCCACCGGUCUAACAGAAUGUAUUGGUUCUUGUGAACUCCAUCACUCUGUAAUUAAAAACCCAGUAGAUGGCGCCCGUGACACUCAUCUGCAUGUAUAUAGCGAGGUUGGCGUAGUUAGCUUGGCCAAAUAUUGGUGAAGAACUGAUUAUCGAAAACAAAACGCUUUUUGCUACAGCGCUGCUAAGGCACUGCUAACAGGCUAGCUCCUGGUGCACAGAUUUUAUGCAUCUGCCCGAACUGAUGCUGCUGAAGAAGAUGACGAUGAUGAAGAGGAAUUUGGGAGGACGUCGCUCCUGCAGCUCAGAGUAACGCAGCAGUCAUGGAUGUUUGGAUGUGUGUUCAUCCGUCACACAUACACCUGACACCCUGAGCCGCAGAAGAGGAAGAUCAGCGAGGGAGAGAGAGAGAGAGAGGACGAGGUGGAGGAGUUGAUGCACACACACACUCUCUCUCUCUCUCUCCCUGUCCCCCCUGUUCCCCCCUCUCUCACCCUCUCUCUCUUUUCUCUCUCUCUCUCACACACACACACACACCUCUGGACGCUGGGCCGUCGUCUCUCCGCAGCGCCGCAGCUUUCACAGGGACACCGUCUCGGUACGUGACUCUGAGCCCAGAGCUGCCUCGACUGAGGAGGGAGGGAGAGGAGAGAAGGUGCAGGGGGGCUCUAUAGCGCGGCACCCCGCCCGUCUCGCCUAAUUUGGACUGCAGGGAUAAGGAGCCUGACGGUGAUCAGGUGCUGUCACCGCCGCGUCCUGUCCGCACCUCUGCGCCAAAGGUUCCUGUUCCUGUUUCUGUUCUGAAGUCGGUGGAAUAAAAACGUCUUCACCAGUCUGUGACACCACUCUCUAAUCUGACGCUGUUUCCUCACCGACCUCAAACAGCAGAAUGUGCUGUGACAUCACUGACCGGCGUGACCAAUAGGAACCCCUGAGUAUCCACUCUUUCACUUCCUGCCUCGUCCGUUCCUCCCCCCAACAGGCAGCAUGCGUCCAUCCCUCGCCACCGCGGUCCUACCGCCCAGGACUCGAUCCCACAACCCACCAAACCUGUCCGUGGGAACCCGUGAACAUCUGUCAGCGCCACGAAGACGCAGCCCAAACAUUCGCCACACCCUCAGCCCAGAAAACCUGCGGACACUGGCAGAAAGGGGCGGGGCUGCGCUGGACACCGUGUCUGUGUCCAGUAGUCCAAUCGGCCUUCCGCGGGCCAACAGUGACACGGACCUGGUGACAUCACACAGCAGGUCCUCGUUGACUGCGUCGACCCUGGAGUACACACUGAACCGUGGUCAGAACCUCAUUAUAUCCUGGGACAUUAAAGAGGAAGUGGACGCUACUGACUGGAUUGGACUGUACCACAUAGAUGAAACAAGUCCGUCCAACGUGUGGGACUGUAAGAACAGAGGCGUGAACGGCACCCAGAAGGGUCAGAUAGUCUGGAGGCUGGAGGCCGGGCCGUACUUCAUGGAGUCCGAGACCAAGAUCUGCUUCAAGUACUACCACGGAGUGAGUGGAGCCCUGCGGGCCACCACGCCCUGCAUCACCAUCAAGAACCCUGCAGUCCUGGUGGAAGGGCUGGCAGAGCAGGUGGGAAUCGAACACCCCCGGAAACUGAUCAGUUUCACUUUAACAGAUUUACGGGCCACGGGGCUGAAGAAGGGCAUGUUUUUUAAUCCAGACCCAUAUCUGAAGAUGUCCAUCCACCCAGGAAAGAGAAGCAUCUUCCCGGUCUUCAGUCACCACGGACAAGAACGCAGAUCAGCCAUCAUCGCUAACACCAUCAACCCUGUGUGGCACGGAGAGAAGUACACAUUUGUUGCACUGAUGACGGACAUCCUGUACAUCGAGGUUAAGGACAAGUUCGCAAAGAGUCGACCAAUCAUCAAGCGGUUCCUCGGUCAGCUGGCCAUCCCUGUGCAGCGGCUCAUUGAAAAGAUUCCUGGCGUCCAGCCCGUUAGCUUAUCUCUGUGUCGGCGGCUGCCCACCGAACACGUCAGUGGUCAGUUACAGUUCAAGGUGGAGCUAACGUCAACUGGACCUGAUGGUGCUUCUCCUGACUCUAUCAUCGGCAUUUCUUCGUUAAACGGCGCUCCGGGAACUCCAUCGGAUGAUGAGGACCUCCCACAUCACCUUCCAGGGCUGGUCGCUGCAGGCCCCUCCCCCACAGGUUACCAGGGCUCUCAGGGUCCAUUUGAGGGCGGGGCCACAGCCUGCAGAGAUAAGGACUUUCCAUUUAUUGGAGAGGCCAGAUUUUCGGAGCCUGAGCGCUUGUCGGGACAUGAAAUGCUCCAGAGGUCGCUCAGCGAAGGCCUUGAUGCCAUCGAGGCCCCCAAGGGCCCCGGGGAAAGACCCCUGGGUGCUGCCUCACCCAAACUGCGCUCUAGUUUUCCCACUUAUACGAGGCUCAGUGCUAUGUUGCACAUAGAUUCAGAUGAGGACGAGGAGAGGUCGGGGGCUAACGAUAUCACCCCGGUGCCGCUGUCGCCGCUGCUGAUCAACGGAAUAACUCCAGACAUGGACGUCCCCGACGACGGAGGCUUUUUUCCUGAAAUUCAGCAGCUGGAGCUGCAUGGACCCUCUGUGGUGGAGGUGGAGCCUGAGGCUUUGUCAGAGGAGGUCGCCCCUGAGGAGGGGGUGUUGGCAGGUUUGGAUCUAGACGACGUGUUGGAGCCGGAUGUCUUUUCAGAGGUGGACGAGGGUCCGUUCACAGAGGCCGAUGCUCAGACGGCGAUGGGGGAGGAGCCUGGAGGAGGACAUGUGCCUGCUGAGGAAGGUUCGUCAGAGAUGGAUACCUGCUCCAUGGCAACCGCUCCACAGACGCUCUACUCAUUAUCAGAGAGCUGUUUAGGAGCAGUGACCUCAGCUGUGGAACCAGCAGAGGGAGCAGAGACAGCCAUCGAUCCGGGGGGGCCAGACGUCUCCAGCCUCCCGAGGACCAGACAGGAUGAUGAAGGUGACGGAGAUCCUGACGUCUUUGAGGCUGAAGGACAAGCUCUGCCGGCCAGUGAGCAGCAGCAGCAGCAGGAGGAGGUGGGGGAGAUAAGUGUGAGGAGGCUGAGUCUGCAGGCUGUGGGGGGGGCGUCUGUGGAGGAGGAAGGCGAGAACACCAAGCGUCAGAAUGAUGAGGUGUCUACAGAUCCAGAGCAGGAGCAGAGAGGAGCUGUUGAAGAUGAAGGGGCCCAGGUCAUAGGUCAUCCUGUUCGCUCUCUCCCCUCCGUACGACACGAUAUCCACAGAUACCAGCGUGUGGAUGAGCCACUGCCCCCUAGUGAGUACUGGGAGGCUCGGAUCGACAGUCACGGCAGGAUCUUCUUUGUGGACCAUGUGAACAGAACCACGACAUGGCAGCGUCCCACUGGACCUCCGGCCCCACAGGGCCUGACUCGCUCCAACUCCAUUCAGCAGAUGGAGCAACUGAACCGCAGAUACCAGAGCAUCAGAAGAACCAUCACCAACAGUGAGCGGUCCGAGGACACCUCCGUGGACCUGGUCCCUGAACCAGAGACUGAACUCAUAUCCCACCCCAUGUCUGAGUACCGGCGAGAGAGCACGGUGGCUCACACGGGCAGCCGCUCACGCCUCUCUCUGCUGCUCCAGUCUCCCAGCGCCAAGUUCCUGUGCAGCCCAGACUUCUUCACCGUGCUGCAUUCAAACCCUAGUGCCUACCGCAUGUUUACAAGCAACACCUGCCUGAAGCACAUGAUCAGUAAGGUGCGCCGGGACGCUCAUUACUUCGAACGCUACCAGCACAACCGCGACCUCGUCACUUUCCUCAACAUGUUUUCUAACAAGCAGCUGGAGCUUCCCCGAGGGUGGGAGAUGAAGCACGACCACACUGGGAAGGUGUGUGUUUCCUCCGCUCAUCAAGAGCCUUUCUUCGUGGAUCACAACUGUCGCUCCACGACCUUCAUCGAUCCACGGCUGCCGCUCCAGAGUUCCCGCUCCACUGGUCUGCUGGCCCACCGCCAACACCUGAGCCGACAACGCAGCCACAGUGCUGGAGAGUGUCUCCUCUUGUCCCAGGUGGUGGACGACUCCCGGCAGACCAACCAGGCCAUCGUGCCCCGCCCCUCCAGCACGUUCAGCGGCUCCAGUCGGAGUCAGUGCCCUGAUGUGGUGCCUGUGGCCUACAAUGACAAGAUCGUGGCCUUCCUACGGCAGCCCAACAUCUUAGAGAUCCUGCAGGAGAGGCAGCCGGAGCUGAGCAGGAACCACUCCCUCAAAGAGAAGGUGCAGUUCAUCCGUACAGAGGGAGUCAAUGGUCUGGCUCGUCUGUCCAGUGACGCUGACCUAGUGAUGCUGCUGAGUUUAUUUGAAGAGGAAGUGAUGUCGUACAUCCCCCAGUUACUCCACCCAGGUUACUGUCUGUCCUCCCCCCAGAGCUCCCCUGGCACCCAGAGAGCCAACGCUCGCGCUCCUGCUCCCUAUAAGCGAGAUUUUGAAGCUAAACUGAGAAACUUCUAUCGCAAGUUGGAGACCAAAGGUUACGGCCAAGGACCAGGAAAAGUCAAGCUGAUCAUUCGUAGAGACCACCUUCUAGAAGAUGCCUUCAACCAGAUCAUGUGUUAUUCUCGUAAAGACUUGCAGAGAAGUAAACUGUACGUCAGCUUUGUGGGUGAGGAUGGACUGGACUACAGUGGACCUUCCAGAGAGUUCUUUUUCCUGGUGUCCAGAGAACUGUUCAACCCGUACUAUGGCCUGUUUGAAUAUUCGGCCAACGACACGUACACGGUCCAGAUCAGCCCCAUGUCUGCGUUUGUGGACAACCAUCAUGAGUGGUUUCGCUUCAGUGGACGGAUCCUGGGCCUGGCCCUGGUCCAUCAGUACCUGCUGGACGCCUUCUUCACCAGACCCUUCUACAAGGGCCUGCUUCGCAUUCCCUGUGAUCUGAGUGACCUGGAGUUCCUGGACGAAGAAUUCCACCAAAGUCUCCAGUGGAUGAAGGACAACGACAUCGAGGACAUGCUGGACCUCACCUUCACCGUCAACGAAGAGGUGUUUGGACAGAUCACAGAGAGAGAGCUGAAGCCCGGGGGGGCGGGUAUCCCAGUGUCCGAGAAGAACAAGAAGGAGUACAUCGAGCGAAUGGUCAAGUGGCGUAUCGAGAGAGGCGUGGCCCAGCAGACGGAGAGUCUGGUCAGAGGCUUCUACGAGGUGGUGGAUGUGCGGCUGGUGUCGGUUUUCGAUGCCAGGGAGCUGGAGCUGGUGAUUGCAGGUACUGCAGAGAUCGACCUGGCCGACUGGAGGAACAACACAGAGUACAGAGGAGGUUACCAUGACAACCACAUCGUGAUUCGCUGGUUCUGGGCAGCGGUGGAAAGAUUCAACAAUGAGCAGAGGCUCAGGCUGCUGCAGUUUGUGACGGGGACGUCCAGUAUUCCCUAUGAGGGGUUUGCCUCCUUGAGGGGCAGUAAUGGGCCUCGCAGAUUCUGUGUGGAGAAGUGGGGAAAAAUUACCUCCUUACCCAGGGCUCACACCUGCUUCAACCGUCUGGACCUACCACCUUACCCGUCCUUCUCCAUGCUCUAUGAGAAGCUGGUCACUGCAGUGGAGGAAACCAGCACCUUUGGUUUGGAGUAACGACCAGACAGAGAGGCGACCUGGAGAAAUAAAAUGAUUUCCUCCAAACGGCGACUACGUCAUCUCCCCCUCAGCACAGGAUUGACCACAGAGCUCCGCUUCUCUCUCACAUUCCUGUCCAAGGUGAGCACUCUCUGGAGGAGUGGAGGAGAAGUGGAACAAACUCACAGGUUUCUCGUGUUCACUGCAGCCACACCUGUGCUUUAACUUUUUUUUUUUACGUUCAUGGCCUUGGUUUCUAAAUCUGAGGACAUCGUGUCUUCAACCUGCACCUCAGAGACAGUGGCUCCUGUUUCCUCUCUGGACCUCCGACCUGUGUCUUUUAUGCACUGAGGCUGCAUUAUUAUAAACUACUGUACCACACACACACACACACACUCACACACACACAGAAAUGACCAGUGUCUGUUCCAGAGGUAGUUGUUUACAUAGCAGAGACAGUGUCAGGUUGUCACAGUGGAAUUUAUGUCUUCACUAGGGAUGUCUGAUAUUAUUCAACGACCGAUAUUAUCGGCCCGAUGUUAGCAUAAUUAUGUAAUAUAAUAAGAAUCAUUAUCGGUUUUUCCUCCGAUAACGAAAACCUGAUAACACAAUGUCUGGGUUUCACCAAAUGAUGAGUGACCUAAUAAUAUUUUCGGGGAAAAACAGCUGUAUAUGAAAGUGAAAGCCACUAGAUGGCAGCAUUGCAGCUCAUUUUAUUAAUCUACUUUAGUAUGUAAGAUGCUGGUGCCGGCAACUCAUACAGUGGUUUGUACUGAUAAAUAAAUAAAUAUUGCCAGGCCCUUAAUAAUAUUUCAAUUUGCAGGGGUGGUUAAAAAACUUUUAUCCCCUGGGGGGGCAUGGGAGAAAAUAAAUGAGAAACACUGCUUUAACCCAUCACUUUAGUGAGCAGGGGGCAGUUAACUUCCUUAACCACCAGGCCACCACUGCCCCGUUGUAUCGGUAUGGUUGAUACGGGAAUAUCAGCAAAAAAGUCAAUAUGGGACAUCCCUACUCUUUACUUUAGGCUGAAGAAGUUGCAAAAAUCAACUAAUCAUAAUUAACAAAGUCAAAAUACAACUCACACUUUUGUUGUGCAUGUGUGUAAAAUCUUUAACAUUUCAAUUUUAGAAAAUAUUUUUUUAUGGUGGAAAUGCGGUGGAAACCUGAGUGGUGCUCCUGACAGCAAGGUAACAACACCUACAACGCAGGUUGUAGGUGUUGUAGGUGUGAGUGUGAAUGCGGUUGUGAAUGGUUGUUUGUCUCUAUGUGAUGGACCAGGACAACUGUCCAUUUGCUCUGAAUCAAAUUGAUUUGUACCUGGUCACAUGGUCCACAUAAAUAUAUAAAUAUGUGGAAAGUGACUUUUAUUUGCCACUUCAGAAUUUUACAUUUUUGACUUGAAUUCACCUGAGUUUAUAUUUAAGAGACACAGAUCACUGACAUUGUGUUAGUACUGAUCACUGACGGUGUGUCGGUACCUUGGACAACAACUCUUCAAAAACACCUGAAAUAUUCCGUUAAAAUAAUUUGAAAGCCUGUGGUGACGUGGACAAAGAUGAGCCUGAGACUGUCAGUUACACACACACACACACAUACACACACACACACAUACAUACAUGGGGUGCAUGCAAGAUUACAUGUAUUGUACAAAGUUCUGAGUUCUACCACUGGGGCUGGAACCGUUGGACAGUCCCAGAUGUGGUGUGAGAUGUGGAUGCAGACGUCUGUGUCUCCGUCAGUAUCUCUGUCCACUUCUGCAUGCCGGAAUCUUCCCGGCCAGCUCUGUGAGCUGCGGCGGGGCAGAAACCCAUAGGUGGCGUUGUGUCAUAGCUCGAUAUUGCAUGCUGAACUAGUGCAACACUCCGUCCUUACUAGCUUCUUUGCAUGAGGUUCUUAUUAAAACUUUGUGAAAAGGCAGCGGUUUAGCUUUGGUUCUGGGCCCAGUGGCCUCGGACAGAGUCAGGUGUGCAUGAGGCCACAGGUCACCUGGGACAUGUGACCUCACACGCACCUGAGUCUCAGCUCUGAUUGGACCUGUGAGACUGAGGGACCGUUUCAGUGACCAGUGUCACGGCACCGGGUCCCUGUA